CAACCCGGACUAAACCCGGACUCACUGAUGGAGGUCCUGUACUGAACCAGGUUUGAACCAGGACUGAACCAGGUCUGUUCAAAGUCUAAACCAGAUCCAAACCCGGAUCACACCUGGACUAAACCUGGACCAUGGAAGUCCUGGUCCUCAUCCUGGCUGUGGUCUCACUGAACCUGGACUCCACCUGCGCGGAACGGAUGUGCGUGUGCACCGGGGCGUCUCUGUGUCACUGUGACGGUGUCAAAGGUCAAAAGGGGGAGGGGGGGGAAACUGGAUUCGACGGGUUUCCAGGUUUGAUCGGUUUCCCAGGAAAUGAAGGACACGAAGGACAACAGGGACAAAAGGGCUCAGAGGGUCUGCCAGGCCCCCCAGGCCCCACUGGAGCCAAAGGACUCAGGGGUGACACUCUGGUGACCUUUGACCCUGUCCAGGCUGUGCAGGGUGCACCUGGACCCCCGGGACUCAACGGAGAACAGGGGGAGGAGGGACUUCCUGGACCUCUGGGAUUCCCAGGACCAACCGGAGUGUUUGGACUCCCGGGUCGACCUGGAGUCCCAGGACCAACCGGAGAAAAGGGUCAGGAGGGCCUCAGUCCUGUGGUGCCGGGGCCCCGGGGCCAAAAGGGGGAGCGAGGGCCCCCAGGGGCCCCAGGAAAAAAGGGCAUCAAACUGUACGCCACCGGCAUCCAAGAACUAAAGGGAGAACCAGGUGACCCCGGCCUCAAAGGCUGCAGGGGCGACAGAUUUGUUCUUUAUGUCGCUGUUUUGAGGAACUUUGCUCAGACCUUUGAAAAGUUUCUCCUGCUCAGUUCAUCAUCUGUUCAAAGUCCCGCCGCACCGAUUCUUCUAACAGUGAUUCUGUCGUUUCAGGGAACUCAGGGAAAUGUUGGACCUAAAGGACAAAAGGGUGAGCCAGGAGACCCUGGACCUGAGGGGAAAGAUGGAAAACCUGGAUAUCCUGGAGAACUGGGCCAACAAUACUUCCAAGAGACACUCACACACGCUGAGCUGCAUUCACACUCAGAAGGAGCAGGGAAAACCCCAGGCAAAGUUUACUGCGCGAGGAUGAUACAGAGGGAAGUUUGGAAGACCCCACACCAACUCUGGACCUCCUGUCGCCACGUCACCUCCAGGCAGAAUCUAAGAAUUGUAUCUGAGCUCACGAGUCAAAGGAAGUCGAUGUAUCUCCACGAGUCUGAUUCAGAUGCAGCGAACGCCGAGGAGGGGAAUGAUGAAGAUGUGGAGAUGGUGAUGGAGCAGCUGGAUGAUUUAAAGCAGAGGGUCGGUGGCCUGGAGGUCCAACUCAAAGAAGCUGUGGACAGAACUUUAUCCAGAGAGGAAGGACUAAGAGCAGCUAUGGACCGUACGGCCAGAGAGCUGAAAGACGCAGAGAUCAGAGAUGAGCAGAAGCUCAGGUCCAAUGUCCAGGCCCCACAUCAGUGUUUGAGAGACUUCACAUACGACCAUCACACACUCUGUUUAAAGUGGAGGCUGGACAUGCAGGAGGGUGAGAUUAUACACCACAUCCUCAGCGCCUGUAAUCCCAGACUGGCCAGUGGGCUCCGCGGCACCGUCACCACCGUGGAGCAGCUGGUGAAGGUGGACUCUCUCAUCGAAAAGGACUGGAGCAACACAAAGGAAUAUUGGAGCCGGGUCCAGCAGUCACAUCCUCCUAAAAGCGCUGGCAAAAAGACAGACCAAGGCCCAAGUCGAAGUUCUGGUGCCGAUCUAGCCUCUGCUAUGGGCGAGCCGUCCCUCCUGGUCGUCCCCGUCCGCCUCCUCAAAAAAGAAGAAGUACUGGCCCCAAGUGAGAAGUUUGUCAUGGCCAACAGGCAAGAAAACAAAGCGCUCGGAAAGGCCACGCUGCUCCUCAAACUGUACGACUUCCAUGGCACUCUCGGAGUUCAUGUACUGGCCGACGACGACCUGUGCAGGACGUUUAGAGCUGGAGGUGAGAAGGGCGAGCGUGGAGCUGUGGGAGCUCCAGGACAGGGAUUUGUGACGUUUGUUCAGGGGCUCCAGGGGCCCCCGGGUCGUCAGGGGCCCCUGGGUCUGCGUGGAGAGACAGGUAACAGUCUGACCCGCAGGGGGCGCACUGACAGACGUGUGACAGGGUUUCCAGGAUUCCCAGGACGUCCCGGAGAUCCAGGCUCAGGGCCCCCCGGUCCCCCCGGCCCCCGGGGGCCCCCGGGCUCCUCAGGCCCCAAAGGAGAGACCGGAGACUCUGGUCCUUUUCUGAUCGGGCCCCCAGGACAAGACGGGCCCUCGGGUCCACCAGGACCUCAGGGAGAGACCGGAGAACCAGGCAACAGCGAGCUGGUCAAGGGGCUCCCAGGGGCCAAAGGGAUCAAGGGCAUGAUGGGCCCCAGUGGCCGCAGAGGAGCCGAUGGAGAACCAGGGGUCCCAGGGGCCCAGUGUUUCAUCUGCAUCCCAGGACGCCCCGCCGAGAAGGGGCCCCCAGGGGCCCGAGGAGAGCCAGGAGCUCAAGGGGCUGAGGGGCUCCCAGGGGCCCCAGGACAGAAGGGGAGCAGCGGAGGACCAGGGGCCCCAGGACCACAGGGCCCGUUUGGGCUUCCGGGACCCCAAGGGGCCCCAGGUUCUCCCGGGGACCCAGGGCUGCUCAUCAGACUCGGGCUCAAAGGAGAGAAGGGGGACCCGGGCCCUCCAGGGGCCCCUGGAGCAGAUGGAGCAGAUGGACGCUCAGGAAAAGUCGGAGCCAAAGGGCUCCCAGGGGCCAAGGGCCACGCUGUGUUCGGCCCCAGAGGAGACCCAGGACCAGAGGGAGAGACCGGCCCCAGAGGCCCCCCGGGACAACGGGGCCCCCCAGGACCCACAGGCAUCGGGCCCCCAGGAUUCACUGGCCCCAAAGGCAAUGUGGGGGUCCAAGGGUUCCCAGGAGAACCGGGCCAACCAGGAGAAAAAGGUGAUCCUUCCUCGUACGACGUCUCUCCUGGAGACCCAGGUCUGAAAGGAUCCAAGGGCCUGAGAGGCAGUCCAGGACCUGAAGUGGGCAGACGACGGCACGAUACCUCUUGGACCCAGACCAGUGGACUGGUCUUACUCAUCCCUGUCUGGAACCAGCACAUGGAGGACGGAGCCUCCGGACCCACGCCGGACCCCAGGGCCCGUCCUGACGGGCUGAACCCGGCAGUGAGCCCCCCGUGUCUUUACCGCUGUUUCCCUCAGAGCUUCAGCUCCGAGCUGAUUCCUCAGACUGGUUCUCUUCCAGGUCUGGCUGGAUUCCCGGGAAGACCAGGACCCCCAGGACCCAAAGGACUGAAGGGAGACUCGGGCUUCUCCAUCCAGGGAUCCCCAGGAUUCCCCGGGGUCAAAGGGGACAGGGGUGACCCCGGUGAUCCCGGUCUGCCCAGUUUUGGGGUCAAAGGUCGAGACGGACCUUCGGGACCUCCAGGCCCCCCUGGGACCAAGGGCGACCGCGGCUUCGGGUUUCCAGGGACCCAGGGACGGAGAGGCCCCCAGGGAGAGGAGGGGUCUGUGGGGCCCCAGGGCAACCGCGGGGCCCCUGGUCGAACUGGAGAACCGGGACGUCCAGGAGAGAGAGGGGCAACCGGAGCCAAAGGACCUCCUGGACCUCCAGGAAAACCAGGACUCACCGGGACUGUGGGGUUCCCAGGUAUGAAGGGACCAAAAGGGGCUCAGGGGGACAUGGGGCCCCCGGGCAUGGGAAACCUGGGGCCCCCUGGUCCUUAUGGGACCCCCGGCUUUGACGGAGACCCGGGGCCUGCGGGGGCCGUGGGGAGGAAGGGCCAAUCAGGGGCCCCGGGAGCAGCCGGAGGGACAGGGGCCAGAGGAGACUCGGGGCCCCCGGGACCUGCCGGGCCCCCAGGACCUCAGGGAGAUCCAGGACCAGCGGGACCGGCCGGACCCGCAGGAGAGACGGGGCCCUCAGGGGCCCCAGGACCCCGGGGACCCAGAGGGCCUCAGGGAAAUCCGGGAUUCCCCGGCCCCCCAGGACAAAAAACAAUGAUCCAAGUUUUGGGAGAAGACGGUUCCCCAGGAGCCCCAGGACCCCUGGGGGCCCCUGGGGAGCGAGGACAGGUCGGUGUGUUUGGACUCACAGGUGUUCCGGGUCGAGACAGCUCCUCAGGACCAGCCGGAGCUCCAGGGGCCGCGGGGCAGCAGGGGCCUCAGGGAGGGAGCGGUCUGCCUGGAGCCUGUGGACCCCCAGGAGAGUUAGGACCAAUGGGAGUGCCAGGUUGUAAAGGGGACACAGGGGCCCCGGGGCCACAUGGACUCCCAGGCUCGGCCGGGCCCCCGGGGCCCCCAGGAGCCAAAGGUCCAAAAGGAGAAUCGAGCUCAGACGGACAUGGCCCCAAAGGGCCCAAAGGAGAACAGGGCACAGCCGGACCCCCGGGGGCCCCGGGGCCCUCAGGGGCCGCGGGGGACAGAGGAGCCGACGGGGCCCCGGGAGCGUGUGGCCCCUGUGGAGACCCAGGGCCCGUGGGACUCAAAGGCUUCAGAGGGGCCCCGGGGUUACCUGGAGACUGGGGCUUUGACGGGCCCCAAGGGGCCAAUGGACUCCGAGGCUUCAGUGGACUCCCAGGAUCUAAAGGAGCUCCUGGAGACUCAGGUCCUUCAGGUCCUCGAGGAAAUCAGGGUCAGGACGGGAUCCCCGGACCUGCUGGAGAGAAAGGCAUCAUGGGAGAUCCAGGACUCGGACCUCGAGGACCAGAGGGACCCAAAGGAAGUCCAGGUUGUGCGGGGGACCCGGGGCCCCCGAGCUACUGUGGCCCCCCCGGACGCCCAGGCCCCCAGGGAGAUCCUGGUCCGGUCGGGUCCCCGGGUCCAGUGGGUCCUGCCGGGUGUAAAGGACAACAGAGCCUCUGCUACGAGGGCCCCAAAGGAGACAGGGGCCCCAUGGGAUGCCAAGGGCCCCCAGGCCCGAUCGGCAGUAAGGGCCCCCAGGGGCCCCCGGGGCCCGGCUUUAAGGGAGACAAAGGAGACAAGGGCUGCUCCGGACUGAUGGGCAGAGAGGGGCCCCCAGGAACGCCAGGGUCCCCGGGCAUACCGGGGCCGGACGGACCCCCAGGGGCCACAGGUCCAAAGGGACAGAUGGGCUCCACAGGGGCCCCCGGCCCCCAGGGACUCAAGGGAAACUCAGGGCCCCCAGGACCAGACGCUAAACCAGGGCCCCCCGGGCCCCUAGGAGCCAAAGGUGUGAAGGGUCGGUCUCGUCCUGUGGUCCUGGUUCCAGGAGACCCAGGUCCAGACGGAGCUUCAGGAGAAACUGGACCCACCGGAGCGAAGGGAGAACCGGGUCCGACAGGAACUGAGG